CAAUUGAGUGAGAUCAAUCGACGUUCUCACACGUUCGGGUGGUCGUCUCCCCCGGAAUACCGGAUCAAAAUAGGCAUCGCCGUUGGCUACCGGUUCAGUUGCAUUUCCAUUUCAAAGCGCAAAGGAUGGAAGACGCGAUCGAGAAGGCCAAGCAGCGCUCCGAGGACGUGACGCACAAGUUCCUCCAGACCAAAGACGACGCCGCCAAGGUGCUCAAGCACUUUUUCGGCUGGGACCAUGCGAAAGAGGAGAGCGCGAUUGACGAUACUGCACCGAUCGAACUCGAUAUGGUGCCCAUGGAGCCGACAAUGGCACUGCAAACGAUGUUAAUGCGCGCCGCAGCCAUCGUGCAGGCGCCGCCCGUGCUCUUGCCGCAGUCGAUGGCCGACAUUGUGUACGAAGCAACGUUGCAGCAGCUCGGCGACUUGCAGUUUCGCGUCAUCGCCAUGAACGCAUGCAAGAGCUACAUUGAGUCGCGCCACUGCCUCGUGCGCGAGUACUGGGCCAAGCUCGCUCAGCCGCCGACGCCAUCGACAAUGGAGCACCACGCGCGUCUCCAGAGCACGUUCAAGAUGCUCGUGCCCAUCUACCGCAACGACGUCAAGAUUCUUCGACGUAAUGUCAAGCAAUACGAAAAUGCGGCGGCGGCGGCACUUGCGCUGAAGUACAAGCGGUAUCCCAACGACCACGCAAUGGCGGUCGACGAGCACGAGCUGCGGCGCGAGGCGGCCGAAACGUCGUCGCGGCUUCUGGCCGACUUUCCCGAGACGAUUUUGUCGCUAGAAGCGCUCGAGGCCCACGACGCGACGCUGCUGGAGCACCAUGUCUUUGAGCUCGAGUACAUGGUCGCGCAUGCGCGCAUCUGUGGAGCCUAUUACUUGACCAAGGCCAAGCGCCGCGCCGAGGUUGUGGCGACGCCGUUGACCGACACGCGGUCGGCCGACGACCUUCAGAUGGCGUUCACUGACGCGCUGAGUGCGUACGAAGCGAGUGCCGCGGCGCUCCAAGCGAGUCUUGCAGCCGACGCGCACUUUCAAUUGGAGCAGCAGGCGCGCGCGGCACCGACCAUCUUUGUCGCGUCCGCACACUCGGCGCUCUACGGCAAACUCCAGCGCGCGGCGCGCAAGGUGCGGGCCGAGUGCCGUCUCUCCAAGACGCUCCACCAGCUCCUCUCGCUCGCCCAGGCGCACACGCAGAUUACUUCGAUUGUUGCCAACGACGCAGUGCACGCGGCAGUCGCGGCAGCGGUCGUCCAGGCGUCCGCCGCGCUCACUUCUGCCCACGAGACCCAAAUCCAGGACGCAGUGGAGGCGCAUGCGCGCGAGCUUCAAGCGCUCGAGCACCCGCAAACGAAUUUGGACAAGAGCAUCGAUGUGGCGGACGUCAAGAGCGCGCACAAAGCUGAGUUGUUUGCGAUCGUGAGCCUCACCAAAGUCGUCGCCCGGCGCAAGGCCCUCGCGCUGCGUCGGCACGCCGAAGCCGAGUUUGCACGCCUCGAGCACAUGCAAGCGCAGCACGCGAUCAUGCUGCAGAAGCUCGAGACCGAACUCGAGACGCGCGAAUCUCUUGAACACAUGCGCUUGUUGGCGCGGCUUGAGAAGCGCAAGCUGGCGCGCAUGGCUUGCGGGCCGCCCUCCACGAAUAGUAGCGACCCAGAACCUGCUACUCCAAGUGCCAUGCUUGAGGAAGAGAAGGCCAAGAUCAUCGAAGAGAAGCGAAGCGAGUGGCAUGAGGCCGAAGUGGCCUGUGCCAACGAAGUUCAAGCCGCCGCGGUCGAGGCGAUCGCCGCCGAGGCCGUCACCUUUGGGCUUGGCACCGACACAGACGUGGUCCAGGGCCUCAUUGCGCAACUCCAGGCGGUCGACUUUGGCCGCACGCCGAGCACGAUCAAGCAGAUCCACGCGGUCGAGAAGGUGCUUCUAAGCAUGCGCGAGAGCGUCCAAAAGCCCCGGCGGAGCGGCGCCAAGAGCUCCGGUCCGUCGCACAUCGUUGUGGAAAAAGCCAAGAAACCCAUCUUUCGUUGAUGCAUUGAAAUCGUUGCAAUUCGAAAAUAUUCCUUCAAUCUUCAAUCUAAAAACUUGAAUCUUAAGUCCAAAA